UGUUUUCUUUCCUCCAGUCUCCGGGCUCCGGGCGGAGCGCGAUGCUGGGAGACCCCCACGGGGGCGGCGGCGGCGGCGGCCGCGAGCCCAGAUGAGGCGCCCCCGGCACCGCUGCAGCGCCCCCGGCCCGAUGGAGGCUCCGCCGUGGGACCCCCUCCGCAACGACUCGCUGCCGCCCACGCUGACCCCGGCCGUGCCCCCCUACGUGAAGCUCGGCCUCACCAUCGUCUACACCGUGUUCUACUCGCUGCUCUUCGUGUUCAUCUACGUGCAGCUCUGGCUGGUGCUGCGCUACCGCCACAAGCGGCUUAGCUACCAGAGCGUCUUCCUCUUCCUCUGCCUCUUCUGGGCCUCCCUGCGGACGGUCCUCUUCUCCUUCUACUUCAAAGAUUUCGUGGCGGCCAACGCGCUCAGCCCCUUCGUCUUCUGGCUGCUCUACUGCUUCCCCGUGUGCUUGCAGUUCUUCACCCUUACGCUCAUGAACUUGUAUUUCACGCAGGUGAUUUUCAAAGCCAAGUCAAAAUAUUCUCCGGAAUUACUCAAAUACCGGUUACCCCUCUACCUGGCCUCGCUCUUCAUCAGCCUCGUGUUCCUGUUGGUGAAUGUAACCUGCGCGGUGCUGGUGAAGACAGGAAACUGGGAGAGGGAGGUCAUUGUCUCUGUGCGCGUGGCCAUUAACGACACCCUCUUUGUGCUGUGUGCCGUUUCUCUCUCCAUCUGUCUCUACAAAAUCUCCAAGAUGUCCUUAGCCAACAUUUACUUGGAGUCAAAGGGCUCCUCUGUGUGUCAAGUGACAGCUGUUGGAGUGACCGUCAUCCUGCUUUACACCUCCAGAGCCUGCUACAACCUGUUCAUCCUGUCAUUCUCCCAGAGCAAGAAUGUCCAUUCCUUUGAUUACGACUGGUACAACGUAUCAGACCAGGCGGAUCUGAAGAAUCAGCUGGGAGAUGCUGGAUACGUGGUAUUUGGAGUGGUCCUUUUUGUGUGGGAGCUCUUACCCACCACCUUAGUCGUUUACUUCUUCCGAGUUAGAAACCCUACAAAGGACCUUACCGGCCCUGGAAUGGUCCCCAGCCACGGGUUCAGUCCCAGAUCUUACUUCUUUGACAACCCUCGAAGAUAUGACAGUGAGGAUGACCUUGCCUGGAGCGUUGCCCCUCAGGGACUUCAGGGAAGUUUUACUCCAGACUACUAUGAUUGGGGACAACAGACUAACAGUUUCCUGGCACCAGUGGGAACUUUCCAACCAGACUCCGUUUUGGAUCCUGACAAACCAAGCCAUGGGUAGCAUCAGUCAACAACUCUAUGGAAGAUUCCUCAAGUGAAGAGCUUCAAAGAGACUAACUUAAUGACAGCUGAAUUUUUAAGGCACUUUUCCUUAAGAAAUAGGACUUAAUUAUUUGUUACAGGUUUCUAAUGGCUCCAUAGGACUAAGCAAUAAUUUAGAUUGAGAAAACCUUAUUUUAGUACUAAAAAGUGAGCCUGGCUGCCCAUUUCAGUGGGUAUAAUUUAAACGUUAAAAAGAAUUCUGUACUUUUAUAAAGAUGUAUUUUAUAUAACUUAAUAAUGCUAAAAUAUAUACUAGGAUUUUUUGAGAAUGUUAUUGCAAUAUGUUUGUAGUUUGCACGGACUUUUAUGCAUAAUUCACUUUAAAAGUAUACAGUACAUGGUCUAACGGUUGUUUAAGGCUUUUGGACUUAAGUAUUCUUCAGAUCCUUACCUCUUCAGGUCGUGCAGAUGCUGAGCUUCACACCUGGAAGACUCCAAAUACAGUUGACAUCUAGAAAGCCCGUUACAACUCCAGUGUUAAAAGUUAUAAUGUAGCAGAGAAUCAGCAGACUACAUACAAGGUAAUUGGUUCCUUCCUUCGAGUUCUUUAUGGUCCAGACAGUUGUUAUCUCAAAGAAUCUCAUAAAUGUCACCAAAAAUGUGCUACUCUUUUCAGCAGGGCGCUAACGUAUACACUUCAGUGAUAAGCGGAUAUGUUAAAAACAUGGAUAGAGCUGACCUACCCUGCUAACCCUCCUCUGCUAUAUUCAGAAA